CUGUGAUGUUUCAUUACCCAGGCUGCAGACUGUGGCCCUGUUCCUGCUCCGGCUCUGCAUUAUCUUGGUCUCUGCUUGCUGCAGGUACAAGGUUCUCCCAGUAAAAGAAAGCCAUCAUCUUUGGAUUCAGGUUUCUGUUAUUUCGAGUUUGGGUUUAUUAACCCAACGCCUGUUUCAAGAUGUCCCAUGAGAAGAGUUUUUUGGUCACUGGUGACCCGUAUGCCAGUGCAGAAUACCCCGUAGGGCAAGGUCCUGUCCCUCCACCAGCCUAUGGGCAGCCUCCGUACCCUACAACUGCGCCAUAUCCUAUGGCUCCACCUUAUCCAAACGCUGCCCCUUAUCCUGUCCAUGCACCCAUGGGGCAGGGGCCAUAUCCUGCUGGUCCUUACAAUCCUGCUGGUCCUUACAAUCCUGCUGGUCCUUACCCUAACCAACCCUACCCACAUCCUCCAUACGGACAGAGUGCGUACCCGUCAGAGCAAAGCGACUUUGGAUCCCCAAUACACAGCACCACAUACCAUGAGGAGGGUCCGCCAUCCUACUGUGACAAUCAAGACUUCCCCACCAGCCACUGGGAUGAUAAAAAUAUUCGAAGAGCUUUUAUCCGCAAGGUGUUCAUGGUGCUCACAGUCCAGCUCCUGGUCACUUUUGCAUUUGUUGCCGUCUUCACCUUUGUGGACGGGGUCAAAGUGUUCGUGCGACGCAAUGUCUGGACGUAUUACCUCUCCUAUGCCGUCUUCUUCUGCUCUCUUAUCACUCUCAGCUGUUGUGGAGAUUUUCGCCGUCGGCAUCCGUGGAAUCUCGUGGCACUGGCAAUCCUGACGUUAAGCUUGUCCUACAUGGUGGGCAUGAUUGCCAGUUUUUACGACACUGAUGCAGUGAUUAUGGCUCUUGGGAUUACAGCUGCUGUCUGCUUCACGGUUGUCCUCUUCUCCAUGCAGACAAAGUACGACUUUACGUCCUGCAUGGGAGUGCUGAUGGUCUGUCUGAUUGUCCUUCUCAUCUUCUCAAUACUUUGCAUCUUCAUCCGUAACAAGAUCAUGGAUAUAGUGUACGCCUCGCUGGGAGCACUACUCUUCACAUGCUUCCUUGCGGUGGAUACACAGAUGAUUCUGGGAAAUAAACAGUUAUCUCUCAGUCCUGAGGAAUAUGUUUUUGCUGCUCUUAACCUCUACACGGAUAUUAUCAACAUUUUCCUCUAUAUCUUGGCCAUUAUUGGAAAAGCCAAGGAUUGAGCGUGGAAUUCCUGUAUUGUCCCUCCAGACUCUCCAUUCCUGUGUUAUGCUUUGCACACAAAUUGAUUGCGAUUUGUAACUUUCAAAUAUCCUGGCAACCUUGUUGUCCUAGAUACCCCACCUUCAAACAUGUACUUCCUCCUGCUCUAAAUAUUCAGUGUUCACCUCAGUCCCUUACAUUUCUAACUUCAGUUAUCCUCUUUAUUUUCCUUAAGCACCAUUAUUUAAGUAUUGUAGUACAGUACUCUUCCUCCUUCAGCAAUAACGUCAUUUGUUAUCCCGGUCGUCUGGAAGACUGCCCUAUAGCCUUCAACACUGCCACCAUCCCCUGUCCGCCCCGCCUUUUCCCUGUCUCCUGUAACGUUGGCCGCCCCGCCUUUUCCCUGUCUCCUGUAACGUUGUCCGCCCCGCCUUUUCCCUGUCUCCUGUAACGUUGGCCGCCCCGCCAUUUCCCUGUCUCCUGUAACGUUGGCCGCCCCGCCAUUUCCCUGUCUCCUGUAACGUUGGCCGCCCCGCCAUUUCCCUGUCUCCUGUAAUGUUGGCCGCCCCGCCAUUUCCCUGUCUCCUGUAACGUUGGCCGCCCCGCCAUUUCCCUGUCUCCUGUAACGUUGGCCGCCCCGCCAUUUCCCUGUCUCCUGUAACGUUGGCCGCCCCGCCAUUUCCCUGUCUCCUGUAACGUUGGCCGCCCCGCCAUUUCCCUGUCUCCUGUAACGUUGGCCGCCCCGCCAUUUCCCUGUCUCCUGUAACGUUGGCCGCCCCGCCAUUUCCCUGUCUCCUGUAACGUUGGCCGCCCCGCCAUUUCCCUGUCUCCUGUAACGUUGGCCGCCCCGCCAUUUCCCUGUCUCCUGUAACGUUGGCCGCCCCGCCAUUUCCCUGUCUCCUGUAACGUUGGCCGCCCCGCCAUUUCCCUGUCUCCUGUAACGUUGGCCGCCCCGCCAUUUCCCUGUCUCCUGUAACGUUGGCCGCCCCGCCAUUUCCCUGUCUCCUGUAACGUUGGCCGCCCCGCCAUUUCCCUGUCUCCUGUAACGUUGGCCGCUCCGCCAUUUCCCUGUCUCCUGUAACGUUGGCCGCCCCGCCAUUUCCCUGUCUCCUGUAACGUUGGCCGCCCCGCCAUUUCCCUGUCUCCUGUAACGUUGGCCGCCCCGCCAUUUCCCUGUCUCCUGUAACGUUGGCCGCCCCGCCAUUUCCCUGUCUCUAUCAAGGAGCCUCAGCCCUCUGUCAUUAUCCACUAGUCCCCCCCCCCCAAUUCCAGAUCUCAACCUACAGUAUACCUACAUUACCAAACCUACCUUUGUAGCUCCCUACGUUCUGUUUACUCAAAUGACCACUAUUUCGUAUUGCUGAACUGUAUAUAUUUCUUUGAGUUUCCUCACUUUUCAUAGUUCUUUACAUUUCUAGAUAUUUCCACACAUCCAUGUUAUGUAUAAAUACAUGCUUAGACGUCAUAUCCCUCAAUGUGAAUGGCUCUCUUGGACAAACCUCAUGUCUUACUCUUAACUCAUCACCCAGAGAAUCCCUGGACAUGGCCUGCGACUUAAUCACCGUACGCAUGGAAUCAGCUGAUUUGUGAGCAGAGAAUAGGAGAGACACCACAGGUCUAGUGUGUUAGAUGAUCUUUUAUUACACAGUAAAUGGACACUGCGGUAAAAUGUAAAAAUGAUCAUUUAAUUUGCAAUGGACUGAAAAGGAAACCUGGAGAAAGGGGAAACCAUUAUGUGAAUGUAAAGAAGGAAGUGUGCAUCAGUCGAGUAAUAAUGUCACAUUUAAGGCACACUCCCGGCACCAUCACAACAUAAGUGAAUCUAAGAUCCAUACUGUGUCAACAGUCAUAUCUUCGUUUUGCCAAGCAUCAGGCAUUGCCCAGCUCUGCCAAUAAGUGAUCAGUGUGAGCUGAAAUACGUUCCUUGGGUUUUCUAAAUGGUAAGUUAAAGCCAUGCCAAAGGAAAGGUGCCAGAUAAUAGGAGGACCGUGACUGGUGGGGAGCACAGUUGUAGACAUACAUCCCUGCUUCCUAUCUGGAAGACGUGUUGUGAAACUAAUAAAUAAUUUAAUUGUGGUGUUGGGGAAACAUGAAUAUGAGCUAAAACAAAUACACUUAAGUUGUGUUGGUGCCUGCUCUGUCCCUUUGAUGUAAAGUGUGUGGAAACUGCUCGGUGGGUUUCGGGGUUCAGGGGCCGUGCAGCAGAUCAGGGAUUAAAGACCAUAUUAUGCAGUAAUUGGACUAGGACUUACUAGCACAUUCUGAGAGUAGAAGGUUAGAAGUUCAUUAAGAUACAGCCAGACACCAGAGUUUUAUUGCAAUAUUCACCAAAGUUGGAGGCUAGAGGUCAAAGGUAAGAGACUAGUCAUACUGGGCAGUUGGUCAGUGACGAGUAGGGGACUAGUCGUGCUGGGUAAAUGGUCAGUGACAAGUAGGGGACUAGUCAUGCUGGGCAUUUGGUAAGGCACGUCUAGGGGACUAGUCAUGCUGUGCAGUUGGUCAGUAAUGCCUUGUACAUGGUUGGAUUUUGCGCUAGGAUCAAGGGUUGUCAGGGUGAGGGUGUCAGAGGGUGUCAGAGGCAGAGAGGUAGGUAGUGGGGACACUGUGACCUGGAUAAAUGGGGAAAGGCAUUAUGCUGUGAGUUAAGGAUUAGGCACAUUGGUGUCUGAAUAUUUAGCAAGGGAUUGAGAACUUCUAACAAUUGGGUAGUGGAGGCACCAAUAGAAAGGCUUUAUGUAAAUAGUUAUGGUUUGUGAUGGAGAUGGGUCUAAUUUGAAGCUGUCUAUGGGCUGGAUUUGUACGUUUCGCUGGACAUUGUGGGAUCGUUCUGACUCUGCCACAUCCUGCGGUCAUGCUAUGCACUGCAUGAUGACAAUGAUGUAAAAUACAAUUCUGUGAAUGAAAUAUUUCUUCUUUGGCA